AUGAGGAAGUGUUGUUCCGACGACGAAGGGACUAAAGACCCGUUUGUGAGUUGAAAAUAGAUAUAUGUUGUUGGAAUUGGGUUAGAUUAGGUUAUAUGUUAAAGUUAUAAAAGAGCGUGAGACUCUGUGGGGAACUACACUGUGCUGCCGUCUGUCGUCUGUGUACCUAAUGGUGUGGCCAGUGUGCACAGGUGCAAAUGGACCUACGACGGCCUACCUGAAGUAUAAACAGGAAGAGGAAGUAUCCGUUGGCGAGCCUCCUGAAUUGCUCAAAGAGCCGCCCUGGGGUAGUCUGAUGGAAACAUGACUGCCAAUUCAUGCCUCCGGCCUCUCCGACCACCAUCAAACAUUCAGUGACAUUCGUACACCGAUGUGGGCAGCACUGGAGGCAAGGUGGGUGAAGUGUCUGGCCCAGGGACACAACGACAGUGAUCAAACCGCCAACCUUCCGAUUCCUGGACGACCUGCUCUGCCUCCUGAGCCGCUGCCGCCCCAAUUCUUCUACAGUACAUAACAUCUACACCGUGAGUAGUUACUGGAGAACCGGAGUACAGAGCGGGAGGAGCCACCUGGCGAGGCCCAGCAAGAGCUGAGCAGAGGACACGGAGUGCAGCCGCAUGCGGGUCCAAGACGAGAAGCGAUGGGGAAAUAUUUAUUUUUCCUGAUUUUUGUCCUCUGCCUGUGUGCUACGCUCCAGACCAAAGACACAAAAAAAAAAUCCAAACAGCCUAAGAACACCUCAGAGGUCCUGUGGCCCAGAACCUUCAAAGGCCACCCAGUCGAGCAAACCCGACUCUCUGUGAACUGGACCCAAACCCCCGGUUCACCGCGCUCCCCUCCGAGGCUGCAGUUGCUAAGCAACAGCACAGCAGGGUACCUGGAUGGCCCCCUAAGCACCAAGGUCAUCCCCACUGUUUACAUGCUGGUCAUCGCUGUCGGGGUCCCCGCCAACGUCGCCAUCCUGAGCACGCUGGCCGCCAAGGUACGAGAAGUGUCGUCAGCCAUCAUGUACAGCAGCCUGGCCGUUUCAGACCUCCUCCUCCUCGUCUCGCUCUUCUUCAAGGCCCACUAUCAUCUCCAUGGAAACCACUGGGUGCUGGGAGAGGCGGCCUGUCGGGCGGUGACAGCUUGUUUCUAUGGCAACCUCUACUGUUCCGCACACACGCUGGCCUGCAUCAGCAUCCAGCGCUAUCUGGCCGUGGGGCACCCAUUUAUGUACAAGCGUCUCCCCAAAAGGUACUACGCCGCCUGGACCACCUUCACCGUGUGGGGGGUGUUUGGCGCCGCAGUCCUCCCCGAGCUGCUGGUCCAGCAGAGCUUUUGGAUCCCCGAGCUGGGCCGCACAACCUGCCACGACGUGCUGCCCCUGGAUCUCAGCUCCCACGUCUUCCUGCUCUACUACAACCUCUUCCUCACCCUCGUAGGCCUCCUGGGACCGCUCGGGGUGACGGUUCUGUGCUACGGUCGCGUCAUGUGUGAGCUGCAACGCUCGCACCUGGACUGGGCCGCCUACAUGAAGGCCAGCUCUCUGGUGUUCGUCAUCUUCCUGGUGUGCUUCACCCCAGCUGGGGUGGUGCGCUUCCUCCACUACGUGCAGCUCUUUGUGGACGGGACAGAGGGUUCCUACAUCUUCUUCAACGUGGCCGUGUGCCUGUGCUGCGUGCAUGCCUGCCUGGAUCCCUUCCUCUUCCUCCUCAUGUCUAGAUCUGCGGGAUCCAGAUUGUACUACGACGCGUCCAAGCCCACAAGCCUGAGCGUGUCUUCUUAAACACUUCACGUUGGUGGGUCGUGUGCUAUUUAGUUUGCAACAGUCUGUAACCGCAGCCACAUAGUUGACAAAGUUGAAAACAGGCCACUUCAUUAGGAACCCACCUUUCAGGCCAUACCGUGUGAAGGACCACCACACAUUAUAUCACUGUGUAGCAGGACGGUCUUGUCGGAAAGGGGUGUGUUGCCUUGCUGUGGUCCGGCUGUUACCCAAUCGCUGCUCGUGGUCGCCCUGUAAAGCGAGGCGGUGCUAGUCUGUCUCUUGCUGAGUGGUGUUGAGGUACGCCAGCUUUCUGGUCACCUCUUGGUGCCGUGUGGGGGGUAUGUAGCAGUAGUUCAUUGUUUUGCCGAGAUAACCCCCCGUUUUACUAGGCCAACUCACGGAUUGGUGCGCCCAUCUCCUACUGGCAAGUACCGCACCACCAUUAACGGUAAUAAGCAAACACGCUACUGCUUGCCUGCAGCAUCUGGCUUUGGCGCCACAUGCCCUUUACGUCGUCAGAGCCCAGGAACCUCCCCCUGCAUGCCGGGAUUUGACCCUUUUUAAUUACUUGGCUUUCUAGGCCUUGUUUGCCGUGCUGUGAUAUUGCUGCAUGUGUUUAUAGUUUCAUCUUAAUUGUAUUUAGUGUGUUUACAUUUUAGGGUUGGCCAUCGAGUCUCGAGCAUCGAUGCAAACCGGCACGAACAUUCCGAUUCUCCCGGGAUUGUUGAAAAUUUUAUUUUCGAUUCCUAGUUUUGAUGCCCACUUUACCAACCGCAAACCCAGGGUUUCAGGAAAUAAAGGACGGGAGCUACGGCUAGGCAAGCUAGCAACAGUGAAGGGACCUUUUCAACUCACACAACACACUUCCGGCCUUCAAAAUACGAGUGCUAUCCUGUUUACUUGUAUUAACAAAAUAAGGGUGUCAUAAUAAAAUAGCGUAUGCUAACAAUGAGGCAGCAUAAGUAUACGACUUUUCAAAAGCAAACAUCUUUUGUGAAAGUGUACUCCUGUAAAAAGAAACGCCAGAACAUUUAUAUUCAAGUUGAAUAGUUUGAUAUUUAUAUAUAUAUACUUAUAUUUACACAAAGAUCCCUGUGAGAAAUUCGUAGUAAAGUUGAUAAAAAGUUCAUACCAAAACAUUUUGGACAUUUCAUCCAAAAAGAACUCUGGUUAGCGCCCUCAUUUAACCCGCAGGUUUGGGCCUUUUAUGACGCCACCUUUUAAAAGCAUUUGAAUCGAGAACCGUUAGGAACAGGAAUCUAAACGAGGAAUCGUUCAAAUUCAAAAGAUGCCCAACCCUAGUUUACAUGGUAUUAUAUCCUGCCUUUUAUUUGGGGCCUUUUUGAUUGUACAUUUGUUGCGUCCCCAUGUGACAGCGUUUGAAAUGUCUUUACUCCAAUUGGAAUUAAACAAUGUGCUACUUGAAACCAUGUCUCAUGCCUCACUGGUGCAAUGAACCAGAGCGCCUUUUUGGUGCUGUCAACUGUUUGCUUCAGCAAAAUUCCCGAGGUGGUGGCGUCGGCUUCUUG